GCGGUGGGAGGUAGGAGCGCGAGCGGAGUGUGACGCAGUUCCCCUCCCCGUGAGGCGACGGCGGGCGUCGUGGUGGUAGCGCUCGGUCUCGGCGCGGUCGAGUCGCUCCCUCAGCGGAGCCCGAGUCCUCGGUUUAUGAAAACCUGAUACAUCUUGAAAAUGUUUAACAAAUCAUUUGGAACUCCAUUUGGAGGCAGUGCUGGUGGCUUUGGGACUACUUCAACAUUUGGACAAAAUGCAGGCUUUGGUACUACCAGUGGAGGAGCAUUUGGAACAUCAGCCUUUGGGUCAAACAAUAACACAGGAAGCCUCUUUGGGAACACACAGACUAAACCAGGAGGAUUGUUUGGUUCAAGUACGUUUAGCCAACCAGCCACCUCCUCCACAAGCACUGGCUUUGGGUUUGGAACAUCAACUGGAACUUCCAAUAGCUUGUUUGGGACUGCCAGCACUGGUGGAGGGCUCUUUUCUUCCCAGAAUAAUGCCUUUGCUCAGAGUAAACCGGCUGGGUUUGGAAACUUUGGAACAAGUACCAGCAGUGGAGGUCUCUUUGGAACCACUAACACUGCCUCCAACCCUUUUGGGGGUACAUCUGGCUCUCUCUUUGGGCCAACUAGCUUUACUGCUGCUCCAACUGGGACUACCAUUAAAUUUAAUCCACCAACCGGCACAGAUACUAUGGUAAAAUCUGGAGUUAGCACUAACAUCAGCACUAAGCACCAGUGUAUUACUGCUAUGAAGGAGUAUGAAAGCAAAUCCCUAGAGGAACUCCGUUUGGAAGAUUACCAGGCAAACAGGAAAGGGCCCUCAAAUCCAGCGGUAGCAGCGGCAGGGUUAUUUGGAUCCUCCACAGCUACAUCCAGUGCAGCUACUGGACUGUUUGGCUCCUCCACCACUAAUGCAGGUUUUUCAUACGGACAGAAUAAAACAGCUUUUGGAACCAGUACGACUGGCUUUGGAACAGGAACAGCUGGGAGCCUUUUUGGUCAGCAGCCUCAGCAGACUACCAGUCUGUUCAGCAAACCAUUUGGCCAGGCCACCACAACGCAGAACACUGGCUUUUCUUUUGGGAACACCAACACUCUUGGACAACCAAAUACAAACACGAUGGGUUUAUUUGGGGCAACCCAAGCCUCGCCGUCUGGAAGCCUUUUUGGCACAGCUGCCAACACAAAUGCUGCCACUGGAUUUGGAGCGGGAACGGGAACUGGUCUCUUUGGACAAGCCAACACAGGAUUUGGUGUUGGCGGUUCGACCCUGUUUGGUAAGCCUGCUGGAUUUGGAACCACCACGACCAGUGCUCCUUCGUUUGGUACAACUACUGGCAGCGGGCUCUUUGGUAACAAACCAACCCUGACUUUAGGAACCAAUACAAACACUUCCAAUUUUGGUUUUGGUGCGAGCACUGCUGGGAAUAGUAUCUUUGGAAAUAAGCCUGCAGCUGGAACUCUCGGCGCUGGACUGGGAACAGGAUUUGGAACAGCUCUUAGUGCAGGGCAGACUUCACUGUUUGGAAACACCCAGCCUAAAUUAGGUGCAACACUGGGAACAGGAGCAUUUGGAGCACCUGGAUUCAAUACAUCAACAGCCACCCUGGGCUUUGGAGCUCCCCAGCCUGCUGUGGCAUUGACAGACCCAAAUGUUUCAGCUGCCCAACAAGCAGCUCUCCAGCAGCACUUCAACAGCUUGACCUACUCACCCUUUGGAGAUUCUCCUCUCUUCAGAAACCCUAUGUCUGACCCAAAGAAGAAAGAAGAGAGACUGAAACCAACUAAUCCAGCAGCCCAGAAGGCUUUGACUACGCCAACCCAUUACAAACUGACCCCGCGACCAGCGACCAGAGUGCGACCAAAAGCUUUACAGACAGCAGGAUCUUCCAAAUCUCACCUCUUUGAUGGGCUGGAUGAUGACGAGCCAUCUCUAUCUAACGGUGCAUUCAUGCCCAAGAAGAGCAUCAAGAAGCUGGUUUUGAAAAAUCUCAACAGCAGCAACUUGUUUUCUCCUGUCAGUCGUGAAGCUGAAGAUCUGGAACCUCCAUCUGAGUAUCCAGAGAAUGGAGAGCGGUUCAACUUUCUAUCCAGAUCUGUUGAUGAGAACCACAGACAGGAGGGUGAGCGAGAGGAAGAGGAUGAUCACCAUGAAGUGACUAGAUUUUACACUAACCCGAUUGCCAAACCCAUCCCGCAGACCCCAGAGAAUGCAGUGCACAAACACCAGAAUAAUGUGGAUGAUACCAUUGUGGCUCUGAAUAUGCGGGUUGCCUUGCGGAAUGGCCUGGAAGGCAGCAGUGAAGAUGCUUCAUUUCAUGAUGAGUCGCUGCAGGAUGACCGUGAAGAAGAGAAUGAGAAUGUUUAUAGUCUGCACCCAGCAGGAAUUGUUCUAACAAAAGCUGGCUACUACACCAUCCCGUCUAUGGAGGACCUAGCUAAACUUACCACUGACAGAGGAGAGUGUAUUGUGACUGAUUUCACUAUAGGUCGUAAAGGUUAUGGAUCAAUUUACUUUGAAGGAGAGGUAAAUCUAACUAACUUAAAUCUGGAUGAGAUUGUGCACAUCCGCAGGAAAGAAGUUAUUGUCUAUCCUGAUGAUGAUCAGAAGCCACCUAUUGGUGAAGGCUUAAACAGACGAGCUGAAGUUACAUUGGAUGGAGUUUGGCCAACAGAUAAAACAUCUCGCUGCUUGAUAAAGAGCCCAGAACGACUAGCAGAUAUCAAUUAUGAAGGCAGACUGGAGGCUGUAUCUCGGAAGCAGGGAGCCCAGUUCAAAGAAUACCGUCCAGAGACUGGUUCUUGGGUGUUCAAGGUGGCUCACUUCUCUAAAUAUGGCUUGCAAGAUUCUGAUGAGGAAGAGGAGGAGCAUCCUUCAAAAGCGGACGCAAAGAAGUUAAAAACUGCCCAAGUGCCACCUCAGGGGCAGCUGAUACCCCAACAAAUGGCUCUAAAUGGCAAGCCAACAUCUCCAUCUCAGAGCCCAGAAGUGGAACAGCUGGGAAGAGUUGUGGAACUGGACAGUGAUAUGGCUGACAUCACCCAGGAACCAGCUCAGGAUUCAAUACUAGAAGAUAGCAUUACAGAAGAGCCGGAACUGGUGCCUGCUUCAACGCACAUUGCAUCUUCACUUGGUAUAAACCCCCAUGUGUUACAGAUCAUGAAAGCUUCCUUGCUCGCUGAUGAAGAGGAUGUAGACUUGAUCCUGGAUCAUCACUUUGGCAAACAGCCUACAAAAAUGGAUACUUCUCAAGAGAUCUGCUCUCCCAGGCUUCCUAUUUCAGCAUUGCAAGGACAGAAAAGACACUCCUCAGUUGGAGGGCUGCUGCAAUCAAAAUUUGCAAGUGUCUCUUUCCUCCAAAGUGCUUGUCUGCCAGAUUUUCAUGGACCAAGAGCUUCCUCUUUUGGCAAUCCUCCAUCUGCAGCCUCUUGGACUGGGCUUUCCCCACUACCCUCUGCAUUCUCCAUGCCCAGCGCAGCCCCAGAGGUGCAACUGAAAACAGUGGGUGCCUGUAGGCAGCAGGGGCUAAUACCUCUGGAAAAAUCUGUUACUUAUGGAAAAGGAAGACUCCUAAUGGAUAUGGCACUCUUUAUGGGACGCUCAUUUCGUGUUGGUUGGGGACCCAAUUGGACUCUUGUAAAUAGUGGAGAUAAACUGAGUGGAUCAAGUGAGCCCAAGGAUCUUCGCAAUGACUCUAUGGAAUAUGGAUUCUUGCCAACUCCUGUUGCUCCUAAAUCACUUUCAGAAUCUCCCUUCAAGGUUCAUAUAGAGAAGCUGACCUUAGAACAAAGGAAGACAGACGGAGACCAGCAGUUAUACCUCACACCUCUGGAGAUAAAGCUCAAACACAGUACUGUCCAUGUAGAUGAACGUUGUCCUCUCUUAGCAGCCAACCCAGGAGUGUCUGCCAUCCAUGACUAUGCUGACUGGGUUAGAGACUUUUGUGGAGACUCAGUUGAAAUAGAGCCUGUGGUUAAGUACUGGUGUUUGACAUGGAUGUUGUGUGAGGCAAUCUGGGGCCACCUGAAGGAGUUGGAAGCCAGCUUGGAGGAGCCCAGUGAGUACAUUGUAACCCUGGAGCGCAGGAAAGCCUUCUCCCGCUGGUUAUCACAGACUGCAGCAGCACGAAUUGAAGAGGAAGUCUCACUGUCCCAGCAUGAGAAUCACAUAGAGGCUGUAUUUAGCUACCUUACUGGGAAGAGGAUCAGUGAGGCUUGUAGGGUGGCACAGCAAUCAGGAGAUCACAGGCUUGCCCUACUCCUCUCCCAGUUGGUAGGCAGCCAGCAGGUUCGGGAGCUCCUCACAAUGCAAUUAGUGGACUGGCAUGGAUUGCAGGCAGACUGCUUCAUUCAGGAGGAGAGAUUGCGCAUCUUUGCUCUGCUGGCUGGAAAGCCUGUGUGGCAGUUAUCUGAGAGAAAAAGCAUUAAUGUGUGCUCACAGCUGGACUGGAAGCGUUCUAUUGCUAUCCAUCUCUGGUAUCUGCUUCCACCAACGGCUUCUAUUUCCAAGGCACUCAACAUGUACGAGGCAGCAUUCCAGAACACCGCGGAGUGUGAGAAAUAUGCCUGCUGUCCCUUGCCUCCCUACCUAGAGGAUUUUGGCUGUGUACUUGAGGAAGAUGACAGCACAGAGAGACCCCUGAGAGAUGUCUGCUUUCACUUGUUAAAGCUCUACAGUGACAGAUGCUAUGAUCUCAAUCAGCUGCUCGACCCCAGAAGUAUUACUUCUGACCCCUUGGACUACCGUCUUAGUUGGCACCUGUGGGAAGUACUUAGAGCCUUGAAUUACACUCAUCUAUCAGAGCAGUGUCAAGGAGUGCUGAAUGCCAGCUAUGCUGCCCAGCUCGAAAGUGAAGGACUCUGGGAAUGGGCCAUUUUUGUACUGCUGCAUACAUCUAAUACAUACACACGUGAGAAAGCAGUGCGUGAAUUCUUAAACCGCCACUGCGUGCUGUCAGAAACGCCAGAAUCCUGGACAAAGGAGACUUUCCUGACACAAAAGCUCUGCAUUCCACCAGAAUGGAUUCAAGAAGCUAAGGCAGUUCGGGCAAGGAUGGAGGGAGAUAAGCAUAAAGAGGCCCUCUACUUGUUCAAAGCUGGACACUGGAACCAGUGUCACAAACUGGUCAUCAGGCACUUAGCCUCAGAUGCUAUUAUUAAUGAGAACUACAACUACCUGAAAGGAUUCCUAGAAGAUUUGUCCCCUCCAGAGCGAAGUACACUCAUCCAGGACUGGGACACAGCGGGGCUGGUUUACUUGGACUACAUCCGGGUCAUCGAGAUGCUCGACAGGAUUCAGCAGCUGGAUUGUUCUGCAUACGAGUUGGAGAGGUUACAUACCAAAGUGACAUCUCUAUGCAAUAGGAUAGAACAGAUACAGUGCCACAAUGCCAAGGACCGAUUGGCUCAGUCUGAUAUGGCCAAACGUGUUGCUAACCUGCUGCGGGUGGUCCUGAGCCUACAGCAUUCUCCUGAACCUGCCUCUGACUCCACACCUGACGUGCAGCGAGUCCCACUUCGCCUGCUUGCUCCUCACAUUGGCCGGCUUCCCAUGCCAGAGGACUAUGCCUUGGAGGAGCUGCGCAAUCUCACGCAGUCGUAUCUACGAGAACUGACUGUGGUGACUCAAUGAAGCCUGCUUGCUUCUACAGACGGACUCUUUUUUAUCAUUUGUUGACCUUUACCCUUGAGUUUGGGGUAAACCUCCCCAUGGCAGCAGUCUCUGUAGCCACAUAGAGCUUUUCUGUAGAGGCGCAAAGUGGCUCCAUGUAUGGGCUAAUGCAGGAAUUUUUGUAACCUGGGGGAGCAGAGUAAGACUUGGACCUCUUUGGGAAGCAUCCUCAACUACAUGACAGCUUUUCUAGAGCUAAUAAAGCACUUCUUGCAGAACCCAUCUGCAAACCAGAUUGUACCUGUGGUGGAAAAGUGAUAGUUUGUACAUUUGGUCUCUUGGCAGAUACUUACUAAUCUCAUUAGCUACAGCACAGAGGACAGUGAAGCACGCUUCAGGACAAUGAUUUGGAGUGCACAGACUCAAGCUAGCGGUGCUGAACCAGUUAAGCAGAUGAAUUGUUGGUGUUUGAACCAACUGGAUGGCUUUUUAAACUGAGCUUUGUUGAAUGGAUUUGUUCUGUGGGUGGGGGAGAGUAGAGGAUUGUAACUUCUCUAAAACCAGGGUAUAGAGAGUGGGGUUCUCCCUCUGUUUUAGCAGGGAGGAUGGAAACUUGCAAAUGUGUAAACCCCCUUGUUUUAAAAGGCAGGAAAGGAAGCUUCUCUGAGUCAGGCCAGAGGGAGCUGACACAGGAGUUGCAUGUGCCUUAUGGCCUGUUCUGGCCUCUGAAGGAAACAGGCCCAGUGUGAGUUUAUCCGUGUGUAGUUUAUUGCAAGCCUUCAAUAAAACAAAGGAACUUUGUCUUGAAAUGCUGGGUUUCAUGAAUCCAGGCCAGGUGCUUCUAAUUGAGAGCAAACUCUGUGCUAGAAUUAGAACACCAUCAAGGAGGCUGGCUCACCUGAAAAGCAAAUAGCCUGGUUAUUGAAGGCUUUGGCAUUUUUAAAUUCGCUCAAGUUUUUUUUAAAAGCAGCUGCAUGUGGGGUGGCUUCCUGUGUAGAUUCAGGUACACAACAUUUACUGCACACUCUCACAUUGCAUCAGGGCUCUUUUGCACUAAAGGAAGCAGCUGCUCAAAUCAGUCCAUGUGACAAAUUGUUUUUAGCCCAGAACAUGCUGUUUUGUUUGUGUUUGCUGUGUAGCUGGAUUACAUCACUGAACAGAAAUGUCAUCAAGUGUAAGAACAUCCUGCGAGUGAACUGCUGGUAACAUCCAAUUUACUAUAGUUUGUACAGUCUUUACUUUUACUGUGUUUAGAAACUGAUUAUUUUUGGAAAAAUAAAGCUUGUCUAUUGGUCUACUCUGUAAUACUGCUGUCUGCCCACAGCCAGCCAAUCAUUGAUAAUGCUGGCAGACAAUGAGGUUUAACCUGUUAGGUGCUUCUACAGAUUGGCUCAUCAAGGGUCUUUAUGCAUGUGGAUUAUGUAAAGGUUUUUAUUAAAAUUAUAAAUAAAUGAUCUAGAUUAUU